UCUUUUUCCUAUGAAUUGUAAUCCUUAUUUUUCCGAGCGGAGACAUUUACUACUCUUUACUGUGAAAGAGUAAAAAUUAGCUUGGCCUGAAAAGAAGGGGCAGUUUGGUGUUAAUUAGUCCAGGGAGAAAAGACGGAUUCAUGCAGUUAAUAGAAACCAUUACUCAUAGGUUAUGCCUCUGUUGUUAAAUUCAGGCCGUCCCUUCUUUGUGAGGUUACAGGGUUCUUUUUAAAUUUAUAUUUCUCCUAUUUAUGUGUAUAUUUAUGUGAGUACACGUGCCGGUGGCAGCCAGAAGAAGGUGAACUGUUCCCAGGAACUGGAGUUACAGAUGUUUGUGAGCCUCCAUGUGGGUGCUGGGAAUUGAACUUGGAUCCUCUGCAAGAGCAGCCAGCGCUCCUAAUCGUUGAGCCCUGUCUCCAGCCUCACAGGCACUGGGAUUAAAGGUGUGUGCUACCACACCUUGAAGUCACAGAGGUCAAUCUCCCUCUGCCUCCCAAGUGUUGGGAUUAAAGGUGUGCGCCACCACCGCCCAGGGCCAGAUGAAGGCUUUUCCGUAGAGAAACAGUGAAGAGCCGACCAGCUCCUGCACUUCUAACACUAUGGCCCUGGCCCAGGGUUCAGUGACGUUCAGGGAUGUGGCUGUGGAUUUCUCACAGGAGGAAUGGGAGUUCCUGGACUCUGCUCAGAAGAGCCUGUACAGGGACGUGAUGUGGGAGAACUACAGCAACUUCCUCUCUCUGGCAGGACCUUCCAUUUCUAAGAGAAAUAUAAUUCCCUUACUGGAUGAAGAUGGGAAGGAGCCUGAGGUAGCUGUGAAAGAAGGGAGAAGAAAUUAUCCCGACUUGGUAUCCAGAUUCAAGACCAAGACUUCAUCUGCAGACAAGGAUAUUUAUGGAAUAUAUUCAUUACAGUGGGAGUUGAUGGAGAAAAUUAAAAGCUCCAGCCUUCAAGGUUCUGGUCCUAGAGAUGAUUGGGAAUAUGAAAGCAGGGCUGAGCGACAAAAGGAACCACAGGAAGGUUAUCUGGGGCAGUUGAAAAUGACCUCUGAGAAAGGCACGUACAGAAAGCACCGUUUCCUUACCGAGUACCAGCAGGUUCAGAAUGGAGAAAAGUUCUAUGAAUGUAAAGAGUGCAAAAAGACCUUUAUCCGCCGCUCAACGCUUAGUCAGCACUUGAGAAUCCACACUGGUGAGAAACCUUACAAAUGCAAGGAAUGUGGGCAGCCCUUCAGACAGCGUGCACACCUUAUCCGACACCACAAACUGCACACCGGUGAGAAGCCCCAUGAGUGUAAGGAGUGUGGGAAGGCCUUCACAGUGCUCCAAGAACUCACUCAGCAUCAGCGGCUCCAUACGGGGGAAAAGCCGUAUGAGUGCAAGGAGUGUGGAAAGGCCUUCCGGGUGCAUCAGCAGCUGGCGCGGCAUCAGAGGAUUCACACUGGGGAGAAGCCCUACGAGUGCAAGGACUGUGGCAAGACCUUCAGACAGUGCACACACCUUACCCGGCACCAGCGACUGCACACUUCCGAGAAGCUGUAUGACUGUAAGGAGUGUGGGAAAGCCUUCGUGUGUGGCCCAGACCUUCGAGUCCAUCAGAAGAUCCACUUCGGCGAGAAGCCCUAUGCCUGUAAGGACUGUGGCAAGUCCUUCAGGAUAUGCCAACAGCUAACUGUCCAUCAGAGCAUCCACACUGGGGAGAAACCCUAUGAAUGCAAGGAAUGCGGGAAGGCCUUCAGGUUGAGGCAACAGCUUGUUCGCCAUCAGAGAAUCCAUACCCGUGAGAAGCCCUACGAAUGUCUAGAAUGUUGGAAGACCUUCAGUAGUUACUCCCAGCUGAUUUCACAUCAGAGCAUUCAUGUGGGCGAGAGACCCUACGAGUGUGAAGAGUGUGGGAAAGCCUUCCGACUGUACUCGCAGCUCACUCAGCACCAGAGCAUCCACUCGGGCGAGAAGCCCUACGCCUGUAAGGAGUGUGGGAAGCCUUUCCGGCUGCUCUCCCAGCUCACUCAGCACCAGAGCAUCCACACAGGCGAGAAGCCCUACGAGUGCAAGGACUGUGGGAAGGCCUUCCGGCUGUACUCAUUUCUCUCUCAGCACCAGCGGAUCCACACCGGAGAGAAGCCCUACGAGUGUAAGGAGUGUAGGAAGACCUUCAGACAGCACUCGCACCUCACCCAGCAUCGGAAGAUCCACAGUGGAACUUAAAACCUCAGUUCUGUGUUAGGUUGCAAAAUAUCAGGAAACCCAUUUUUGAGAAUAAUUUGUUUCAUGCUUAUAAGUAGGCAUAAGAAAGACGGUGUUGCUUUAAAAACCCUCCAUUCUCACUUACAUGUUACCUAUCUUCAGGAAGUUCCUGUGAAAGAAUAAUUUGAUGAAUGUAGGAAAAUCUUUAGCCUUAUCUGUCGCCAUCUCCUUCUAGCUACACUCUUCCCACUGUGAUUCUGGACAGGACACUAAAUAUCAAUGCUUGUUUCCCGCACUGUCGGAAUGGUGAUGAUAGUACCUAUAUGUGUUAUUUAUUGUUAUGUAACAAAUUACUAGAAAACAGUAGUUUAAAUAAUAUACAUUUAGUAUCUAAAGAUUUCUAUAGUUCAAGAGUCCAGGAAAGCCUUAGUUGGGUCUUUGAAGUUGCAACUGAGGCUGGCUUUCAUCUGAAGGCUUAACUAGAGAAGUUAAGUUGAAGAUAACAGGUUAGACACCUGAGGCACCUGAAUUCUUUGAGA